AUGUCCACCAACACCCAAUCCUCUCACGACGACAACAACCCCAUCCACCCCUCCCACGGCCUCCGCACCCGUGCCAUCCAACCAACGCCACGUUUCGACCUCAUCACCAAAACCAUCGCAAUCGACAUCGAGUUCAUAAUCUUCACGCCUAAUCCCCACCGCGUGGCCGUCCCAGUGCGCGCCAAAAAGCGCAGUCUCCCCGGCCGCGUCUCCAUCGUGAAUAACCGCGGCGAGACCAUCUACGACGUCUUCGUCUACUACAAGAAAAGCGGGCGCUACACCAUCGCGCCACCUCCGCCUCACCUGCGCAUGGGCGUGUACGAAAAGGACGUCCUCCCGUCGAACGGCGCACGACCCGCAAAGGAGGUGUUCGAUAACGUUCGCAAGAUCGUUGAGGGACGGAUCGUCGUCGGGCACGCGAUUAAGAACGAUGUGAAGUCGUUUCCGCGUGAAAUUUUCGAAGGCGUGCAGAUCCGAGACACGCAGUUACUAGAGGAGUACCGCAACCACGCCACGGACCAGAUCAAUCGUAUGCCGAAGUUGGCGAGACUCGCGGAAGUGGUUCUCGGUCGAAGCAUUCAGGGACCAGAGCAUUCGAGUGUUGAGGAUGCGGUUGCGACGAUGGAUCUGUAUCGUCUGAGGGAGGGAGAGUUCGAGACGACGCAGAAGCAUCCUCUGAAGCAGAUCGACCCGCUGCUCUCGUUGCGCCUCUUCGACAGCUGGGUGUCUUCCGGGGAAAUCAUCGCUAGUCUCGUCCAUUCUCCGCGUGUGUGGGCUAUCCUUGCGAAUCCACCAGGCGCAGACUGGCGAGUGAGGUUUGUGUUCCGCGGCUUACUGGGACUUCACGGAAGCGGUUCCAGGUCGCCAUUGGACAUCAUCGCUGGCACCGAGAAGUUUCAGGAUCUGCCUCGAUGA